UUCGUUUCUCAUAUUAUGGGGUCUCCUCACAUCAAGCGUGCUGUGCUUAUCCCCACCUCCAAUGGGCGAUUUGGUUUCGGUACGGGGUGCAGGGUGCAGGUGCGAACUGUGGCGUCCGUCGUGUCUUGUACACGUAGGUUACCGGCCAGCCUCAAGAUGUUGGUGGCUUCGUAUUUGGGUCUCCUUUUAAGCCUUUUCGCCCUGAGCAAUGCUCAGCAAAGGAUAGCUCCUGGUGUUAACCCUCAACAGUACCAGGAUCCAAUGCAACAUGUUCCUCAGCACAUACCUCAGCAGCAAAUGCACAUGCAACAAGUUCCCCAAAUGCAGCAAGUUCCUCAACAACAGUACCAGGUGCCACAGCAAGUUCAUCACCAACAAGUUCCCGUCCAAAACAUGCAGCAACCGCAGCAUGUGCAACACCAUGGGCAGCCGGUCCAGCAGCAUGGACAGCCCCAUGGUCAUCACCCUCAGGCCCAAAUCCUGAAUGCUGCCAACAUUGCUCAAGAAAAGCAGCAUAUUCAAGAUCAUAUGGAAGUUCCGAUUGAUACAUCGAAGAUGACCGAUCAAGAGCUACAAUUCCAUUAUUUCAAGAUGCAUGAUGCCGAUAACAACAACAAAUUAGAUGGAUGUGAACUCAUUAAAUCUCUAAUUCACUGGCAUGAACAAGAUGCAGCAGAUGCAGGCCAUUCUCAUGAAGACUCACAUCAUCCACCCCCAUCUCAUCCUGACUCUGCGCUUGAAGAAAUGGUGGAUCCAAUUCUUCAGCAGAUGGACAAAAAUGGAGACGGUUUUAUUGAGUGGCAUGAGUUCAAAAGUGUCAACCAGUAAAUGACUUGAAUUUCGGAGGCCCAUCCACACAAGAGACAACAUUCUGCUUGUUGCUUUUCAAUUUUUAGUCAUUUCAAAACAUUCAUGCCAAAAUAUCAGCUAAUUUAAAGAUGGUUUCAAGAUUUCCUUUCAGUUGUAGUUUUGUUCAGACCUAUCUUUUCUUCAUUUUCGAUAGAAACAAAUUUGCAUGUUCAACAAAAAUAGUCAUUGCAAGAAAUACUUACUGAUUAUCUUUAACCUCAUUUGUUAACAUGGUGUUAUGACCCACACCAUGUGCUUAGGCCAAAGUUUUCCCAUCAUCAAAAGUAUUUCCAUGAUUAUUAUCUUAAGGUUAUUGCCGUGAUCGGGCAAGGUGCAGCUUUUCAUGAAUUAUAGUAAUCAUAUCAUGUUCAGUUGAUUUCUAUGAAUGAAUAUGCUAUUAAGAAUGAACUAAGACUCACCAUGUGAAGUGAGGAAAAUCCUGCAAUUGUAAGUGUGUGUGUGUGUGUGUGUGUGAGUGUAUGUAUCUGUGCGUCGUUGUUGUUCAAAGUCUAACUCCCCCUUUCCCCUUUUUUUUUGUUUUUUUUUUUUUUGUUUUGAACUUUUGUUUCUGGUUGAAUGUUCAAACAUGAUGUUUCAAAAGAGUUAUAGAUAUAUUCUAAAGGAGUUAAGAGGGGAUCUCGCAUGUUCAUAUGUGCUAGGUGACUGAAUUGUGAGAGAAAAAUGAAUUGCUAUCUGGCCAGUUACUCUGUUACGUAUAUUUUUAUUUUACAAUUUAACUACUGUAUUACCUUGAAUGUAUCUUAGCCACACUUGGUUUGAACUGAAAACAGGGUACCCUGAUGGCUUAAUAUUUGAUGAUUUUUAAUGUGUGGUGUGGAAGUUUAUUAUCAGUAAGAUCAUUUAUGGACGACACUAAAGGUUGUGUUGGCAAAUGAACUUGUAAAUAUCACAGUUUAUCAUUCCUGCUGUGCGUGUUAAAUACUUUGUCAUACUCUUGCAUCCAUUUUGAAAUGCAUAUUGAUUGUGUCAUUGUAAUUGUCAAUGGCAUGCCAAUUAUUUUUAGAUAGAUGUACGUGUUAAGUGCAAAGUGUUUGCUCCAUGUACAGUAUUAUAAAAUGUUUUCUUUUAAGUUAAAGACUGAGCUCAAACUUAAGGUUAACUCUUCAUUAAGAUCCUUGCUUCUAUGUUAGCUUUGUGUCAAUUUUAUGAACAAUUCCAAACCAUUUUUAGUCUUUCCCUUGCCCUUUUCUUUAAAAUGACUCACAGGUGUUGGUUGUUUGCAUUCUUCAAUGUCUUGUUGACUGUUAAAAAUGCCGUAAAUUUACUUAUUCCCCCACUCCAUUUAAUAUUAUGUGUAUUUUAUGGGCCCAGUCUUAAUGUGCGUUGUCUUUUUGCUACCAUUGAUCAAUUGCGUCUGACUAAAUCCACAGGAAAAGUGAUGUACAUGGUGGUAAACAAAAAAUUAUCUGUAAAUAUUUCUGUUUUAUUGAUGUUGUGAUUGUAGCUAGAAAAAGCUGAUAGUAAUUUACACAUUCCAUGUAAAAUCUGCAUAAUUUCUUUUUAGCUCUCAGAGCUUUGUUACAUAUUUUUCAAGUCUACUUGUGAAAAUGAAAGUGUGUUUCAUGUUGUGUGCUUUGUGUGUCCAUUAAUGAUAAGUCUGUUUCUCAAAGACAACUAGAUGUUGAAUUGAUUUCAUCUUCCUUGUCAUACUUUCUCUAAGCUCUAACACAGUAAAAUUUGUUUCCAAGCCUAAUGUAAAAUGAAAAAAAAAAUAAUUUUGUUCUGUGAGACAGUCUUUGGUACCAUGAUAUAUUUUUCAGACUUCACUGCUCAAGAUUUCUAUGGAAGGCUAGUGCUGAAUUUUUUGAGGUUGUGUACUACUUUUUGUGUAUGUUUUGUUGUAAAUGUUGUAUUCUCUCUUCCAACUGACUUUUUUCCCUUUGAAUGAAUGAGUGUGUGCAUGUUAUUAGAAUUUGGUUCUAUAUAAUGAAAUUUUUGAAUGGAAUAAUAAAUGAAUAUUGUUUGUUACAA